AUGAAACGCUCACGUGAGCCAGAGGACUUGAUUUCCAACCCGGCACCCCCUGAGCCUUAUCACAGAGACCCUGACGCCCCUAGCCCCAAAAUUCGGGAACUGGAUUGCGACGGAGAAGGCGGCGCAGCCAGCCUGUUUCGAUGCACACUGCAUCCCCAACCGGUGGUUUUUCGUGACUACGAUGAUUAUCACGCACACUACAAUAAGCAGCACGUGAAUCGCUGCCAUGAGUGCAGGAAAAACCUCCCCUCAGAUCACCUCCUCAGCGUCCACAUCGAAGAAUGCCAUGAUGCUUUUCUUGCUGCGAGGAGGGAGAAGGGAGAACACACGUACUCAUGCUUCGUGGAGGGUUGCGACAGAAAAUGCAGAGACCCAUCGAAGCGACGUCGGCAUCUCAUAGAUAAGCAUAUGUACCCACCGAACUUCUUCUUUGAUGUCGUCAGAUAUGGCAUUGAUGGGAGGCAGUCUCUUCUGUGCGACAUCAACGCACAACAGCGUCGACCAAAGCCAAAACCCGAAGGGCAGGAAUUGCGAGGUGCUGCAACCUUGAAAUCUCAAAAGCAGUUUGAUGACCACGGCAAGCAGAUAACGGCCGCCAAUGUUGCAGAAGGAGUUGUGGUCCUCGAGCCGGUAGAGACGCACGCUGCCGAGAAAGAUAUCGAAAUGAACGAUGCCGCAUCCCUGACAGGCGGCAUGUCAGCGCUGAAACUGGUCCCCAGAUCGAUUACGUUUGGUCGAUCAGGUCGCAGGGGCUUCACGAGAUCGCCUAGCCCUAAAACACCACCUGUAUAG